AUGGCACUGAAGACAUUCCUUACUCUCGCAACACUUGGUCUGGUGGCCGCGGAAUCCUCCGUCGUGUCGUUGUUUCUAUUUGAUGCUGAUCCCCAAGAUCUGGUCGGCUCGGUCAUGGCUGCGAGUGCUGGCACCACGACGUACAGCAUCAAUUGCGCUGCGGACGUUGAGCCCGAGGACUGCGGCUUCUUGCCCGGCAUGUACUACACAGCGGGUCCCACCACUAAUCAGUACAAUCACGAUAUAUGCGACGUGCUAAUUCUCCAUGACAUCAUCAACAGAUACGGUCGCAUCAUCUGCUCCAUGGGAGGCACAACGACUGCCGUCUGCACGAAUGUGAUGCCGACCACACUCUCGUACUCCCAACCCAGUGAAACCACGACCCUCAGCGCCGAUGAGAUUUCCUUGAUGCCAGUCACCAUCACUGCCGGACCCACCGCCUCGGGCACCGCGACCUCCACCACUUCUACUGGUUCAUCGACCGGCACUGGCAGCUCAGCCUCAGAAAGCACAGAGACAUCCUCCUCCCAAUCGGCCAGCAAGACCAGUACCGGAGGACUACCUCAAAUGACUGCGAAUCGUGGUCUUAUUGCUGGUGGUGCUGUCGCUGUUCUGGCCGCUGUCGCUCUGUAG